AUGGCGCCCGAGGGAGACGACGCCUCCGUUCGGAACCUGGCGGUGGCGGAGCAGCGACUGCUGCUGGUGUUGCUGCUGCUGGUGGUGAUGGCUGAGCCCGUGGUGCCAGCCACCGUGCUGCCCUCUUCCCACAAGGACACGCUCCACCUGUCCCACAAUGCCACGGUAAAGUUGCCCUCUUCGCACAAUGCCACGGUAGAGCUGCCCUCUUCCCACAAUGCCACGUUAAAGCUGCCCACUUCCCACAAUGCCACGGUAGAGCUGCCCUCUUCCCACAAUGCAACGUUACAGCUGCCCUCUUCCCACAAUGCAACGUUAAAGCUGCCCACUUCCCACAAUGCCACGGUAGAGCUGCCCCCUUCCCACAAUGCCACGGUAGAGCUGCCCUCUUCGCACAAUGCCACGGUAGAGCUGCCCUCUUCCCACAAUGUCACGUUAAAGCUGCCCCCUUCGCACAAUGCCACGGUAGAGCUGCCCUCUUCCCACAAUGCCACGGUAAAGCUGCCCUCUUCCAACAAUGCCACGGGCACUCUGGCCCCUUCCCACCGUUCCACGGUGAAGACGCCGUUUAGCCGCAACCCCCCAGCCGCGUCUCCCUCCCGGCCGCCGGGUGCCUUCGUCGCCUCCUCGGGCUACCCCGUGGGUGACCCCGUUGGUGACCCCAUGAGUGACCCCGUGGGUGACCCCGUGAGUGACCCCGUGGGUGACCCCGUAGGUGACCCCAUGAGUGACCCCGUGGGUAACCCCGUGAGUGACUCCGUGGGUGACCCCGUGGGUGACCCCGUGGGUGACUCCGUGGAUGACCCCGUGAGUGACUACGUGGAUGACCCCGUGGGUGACCCCGUGGGUGACUACGUGGGUGACCCCGUGGGUGACCCCGUGGGUGACCCCGUGAGUAACUACGUGGGUGACCCCGUGGGUGACCCCGUGGGUGACUACGUGGGUGACCCCGUGGGUGACCCCGUGAGUGACUACGUGGGUGACCCCGUGGGUGACCCCGUGGGUGACUCCGUGGAUGAUCCCGUGAGUGACUACGUGGAUGACCCCGUGGGUGACCCCGUGGGUGACUACGUGGGUGACCCCGUGGGUGACCCCGUGGGUGACCCCGUGAGUGACUACGUGGGUGACCCCGUGGGUGACCCCGUGGGUGACUACGUGGGUGACCCCCUGGGUGACCCCGUUAGUGACUCCGUGAGUGACUCCGUGGAUGACUCCGUCGGUGACCCCGUGGGUGACCCCGUGGGUGACCCCAUGAGUGACCCCGUGGGUGACUCCGUGGGUGACCCCGUGGGUGACUCCGUGGAUGACCCCGUGAGUGACUACGUGGGUUACUCCGUGGGUGACCCCGUGGGUGACUCCGUGGAUGACCCCGUGAGUGACUCCGUCGGUGACUCCGUGGAUGACCGCGUGGGUGGCUCCGUGGGUGACCCCGUGGGUGACCCCGUGGGUGACUCUGUGGGUGACCCCGUAGGUGACCCCGUGGGUGACCCCGUGGGUGACUCUGUGGGUGACCCCGUAGGUGACCCUGUGGGUGACCCCGUGGGUGACCCCGUGGCGAUGGCGGGGUUUGUGCUGCACGCGAGGCCUCAGCUCGUCUCCCGCAAGAUGUCGACACGAGGUGGCGUGGCCUACGAGUGCCGGGGCCCGGUCUCCGACGUGCGUGUCGCCGCUCUGAACGGCACGGCGGUGCGCGUGACGUGGGCCCCGCCGGCCCGGGCCUGCGACGGGGCCGGCGUCGGCCAGGAGCUGCCGGUGCCCGGCGCCAACGGCACGGAGGCGACGCUCACCGGGCUCGCGCCGCGCUCCAGCUACGCCGUGGCGGUGAGGGCGGCGCGCGUUGGUGGCCGCCGUGAGCUCCGUGGGGACCGGCGCUUCCAGGAGACGAGGAUGGUGACGACCCCGGACAGCCCCGCCCCCGGCCACGGCCACGGCCACGGCGGCCCCGCCGGGUGGCUCGACGGCCAGCGUACGACGCCGCCCGCGACGUCCACCUUCCUGAUCGGCGGCCUGCGGCCACACACACGCUACGCCGUCGAGGUGGGCGCCUCCACCGCCGCCGGGAGGGCGCCAAGCUCCUACUGGAGCGCCAGGGCCCUCACCGGAUGCUUCGUGGCAUCGCCGCCGGUGAAGCAGAGGAGCUGGGUUGGCCACACAGCUGACGGCGCGCUCGCUGACGCUGCAGUGGACUCCGCCGGCGCGGCCCAACGGGGAGGUGCAGUACACGGUGCAGGUGACGCGCUCCUCCGGCGCGAUCCAGGCCGAGGAGACGGUGGCGGCCCUGCGGCUGACGGUGGGCGACCUGCGCCCGUUCACCGAGUACACGGCCAAGGUGUGGGCCCAGACAAAGCGUCGGGGUGGGGCCCGAGCGCCGGGCUCAUCGUCACCACCUCCUCCGACGUGCCGGGCCCCGUGGGCGACCUGACGGCCGUGGGGCUCAACGCGACGGCCGUGCUCGUACAGUGGAGCCGCCCGUCGGAGCCCAACGGCGCCAUCUUGCGCUACCGCGUGCUGGCGCUCGUCCAGAGCACCGGCGCCAUCGUCCAGGAGGUGGUCCUGCGGGAGCGCACCGCGGAAGAUGACCUGGGGUCUGGCGUGGGCCCCAUGACCGCGUACCUGUCAAGCGCCACCACCUCGCCCGCCUCCGCCUCCACCGCUAGCGCCAGCUCAGCAACCAGCGUCAGCGCCGCUACCGGCACCACUCCCGGCGCCUCCGCGACCACCGCGGCGACCCCGCCCGCCACGCCGGUCUCGGCCGUCACACCGCCGGCGCCGCUCUUCCCUUACGCCGACCGCCGCUUGCGCCGGGCGGGCGGCGCCGGCGGCGAGCGGUCGGGCCUCGAGCCGAGGGGCCGUGCCGCCCCCCCGCCGGUGCCUCCCCCGCCGGUGCCUCCCCCGCCGCUGCUGCUCCCGCGAUGGCGCCAGCCGCCGCACGUGCAGAGGAGAGACGCGGCGGAGCCCGGCCCAGCGGAGCAGCAGCUGACGGUGCUGGGCGACGUGUCCGGGGAGCUGCUGGCGCUUGCCGUGCCGCGUCUGCCGCCGUACUCGGAGCUCAGCUUCUCCGUGUCGGCGGUCACCGUCAUGGGCGAGGGCCCCGCGGUCAGCGUGAGCGCGUGGACCCUGCAGGGCGUGCCGUCGCCGGUGCGUGCCGUGCGCUCCGAGACGCUGUCGCCCACCUCCGUGCGGGUCACGUGGGAGCCGCCCCUGCACCCCAACGGCGUCCUGGGGCCCUACACGGUCUACGUGGCCCUGCUGGGCGACGCCGGCAGCGAGACGCGCGCCCUCACCACCAACGGCACCGCCGCAACCGUCGCAGGCCUGCUCAAGUUCUCCAGCUACCGGCUGCGUGUGUCGGCAUCCACGGGCGCCGGAGAGAGCCUCCUCACCGACGCCGACAACGUCUUCCUCACCACGCCUGAGGAUGGCCCCGACUCUCCGCCGCGCGACGUGAGCUACGUGGCGGUGAGCCCCACGCAGGUCAACCUGACGUGGCGUGCCCCCGAGCGGCCCAACGGCGUGGUUCUCUACUACGAGGUGCUCUACCACGACGUCGAUGCCGCCGCCGCCGCCGCCGCCGGCACCGCGGCCGGCGCCGCCCUCGCGGUCACGACGCCGAGCGAGGCGGUCGCUCUCACGGGCCUGCGCAAGUACGGCCUCUACGAGGUGCGGGUGCGGGCCUACACGCGCGCCGGCCACGGCAACCAGAGCAGCGCCGCGCUGUUGGUGCGCACCGCCGAUGACGUCCCCGAGAGCCCCCCGUACAACGUGAGCUACGUGAACGUUGCGCCCGGCGAGGUGGAGGUGUGGUGGGUCCCGCCGGAGCUGGCCAACGGGCCCGUGCUCGCCUACACGCUGAGCUACUGGAACGCGACGGGCGGCGCGGAGGCGCCGGCGGGGCCGGCGGCGCCGCCGGUGCGCCUCACGGGGCUGCGCCCGGACAGCCGCUACAAUGCGACGGUGACGGCGCACACGCGGCUCGGCAACCGGAGCAGCGGCGUGGUCGAGAUCGCCACCAUGGAGGGCGGUGGGUGUCGGAGCACGGAGCGCGCGCAGGGCACCAUAGGCGAAGUCCCCGAGGACGGCCCCAGCAACGUGAGCUACCGCAGCCUGGGCCCCACCGCGGUCGAGCUGCGGUUCUCGGCGCCGGCGCGGCCCAACGGCGCGGUGCUCUACUACGCCGUGGCGUGGACGGGCCCCGCCGCGGCGCCAGGCGGCGGGGGCGCCGAGCGGCGCUCCGCCAACGUGACGGCGGCGCCGUGGGCCCUGCGGGGGCUGCGGGCGCACGCCGACUACGGCGUGAGCGUCGCGGCCGCCACGGCCCGCGGGCCGGGGCCAGCCACCGGCAUCGCCGUGCGCACCGAGGAGGACGUGCCCGGCUCGCCACCGCAGGCGGUGAGCUACCGGAACGUGAGCCCCUCCACCGUCGAGGUCUCCUUCCUGCCGCCCUCGCUGCCCAACGGGGAGAUCGCUCUCUACUCGCUCUACCUGUGGCCCGCCGGGCGCGGCACCGGCGACGGCACCACCGCCACCGAUAGCACCACCGCCAGCAGCGGCACAACCAACAGCGCCAACAAUAACAGUGCCAGCACCAACAGCGCCAACACCAACAGCGCCAGCACUGCCACCAACAGUGCCACCGCCAACAGCGCCAACACUAACAGCGCCAACAAUAACAGCGCCACCACCAACAGCGCCAACACCCACAACGCCACCACCAAUAGCACCAACACCAACAGCGCCAACAGUGCAACCACCAACAGCGCCAACACCAACAGCGCCAGCAGCGCCGCAACCACCAGCGCCAAUACCAACAGCGCCAACAACACCAACAGCGCCGCCACCAACAUCAACGCCAACAGUGGCACCGCCAACAGCGCCGCCACCAACAGCACCACAGUAAUCUCCACCAACGCCUACAGCGGCGGCGGCGGCGGCGGCGGCAGCGGCACCGGCCCCACCGCCGCCAGCUUCCUCGGCUUCCCCGGGGUCGCCGGCGCAGCGAGCGCCGUCACCGAGGGCAGCGGCGCCGGAGACCCCUUCAUCAGCGGCGCGACCGGGCCGGCGGCUCUCGGCAACAACAGCACGGCGGGCGCCGGCCUCGUGGUGCUCAACGUGACGGGGCUCAGCCACAACGUGACGGGGCUGGAGGUCUACUCCCACUACUGGCUGCAGGUGGCUGCCUGGACACUGCCUGGCGAGGGCCCUCGUAGCACACCAGUGAUGCUCAUCACCGACCAGGAUGUGCCGGCGUCGCCGCCGCUGGACGUGACGAUUGUGGCGGUGACGGCGAACUCGGCGAGCCUGGUGUGGCGCGCACCCACGCGGCCCAACGGCAUCAUCACGCAGUACACCGUCUACUACGGACUCAGCAUCCCGGCGGAGGGGUCGGCACAGGCGGUGACACCGGCGGAGGAGCGCAGCGUGGCCGUGCCGGGGCCCGGCGUGACGCUCGGCGGCCUGCACGCGUUCUCGCGCUACCGCGUCACGCUCGGCGCCAGCACGCAGCGCGGGGAGGGCCUCGUGCGCAGCGCCGCCGUGGAGUUCACCACGCUGCCCGGCGUCCCCGAGGACCCCCCCCGCAACGUGAGCUACCGCGCGCUGAGCGCCACCUCCGUGGAGCUGCGCUGGGCUGCGCCACUGCACCCCAACGGGGCGCUGGUGCUCUACACGGUGCACUACCGCAGCAACGCCAGCGCGGAGCGCACGCUGAACGUGACGGCGUUCGGCUUGGAGGGGGGGUCUGCCGUGCUGGAGGGGCUCUCUCACCAUGCUCGCUACGCCGUGUGGGUCACCGGCAGCACCGCGCUCGGAGAUGGGGGCCAGCGCAGUGACACGCUCACCAUCGACACUCCCGAGGGCGUGCCAGGCUCCGCGGUGCUGGCGCUCUCCGUGGUGCACCUGUCGCCGUCGCUGGUGCGGCUGUCGUGGCUGCCCCCGGCGGAGCCCAACGGCGCCAUCGCCGCCUACUCGGUGGAGCUGCGGCAGGCUGGCCCGGCCUACGCCGGCGCCGGCGCCGGCGCCGAGCCCGGCGCCGCCGCCGGGGCCGACUCGGCGGCGAUGAGGAGGAGCGCCUACAGCGUCGGCGCUCCGCCCCUGGCCGUGGACGGCCUGCUGCCGUUCACGGCCUACGCCGCGGCCGUGACGGCGCGCACCGGCGCCGGGCCGGGCCCCCCGGCGUCGCUCGCCUUCGUCACCAGCGAGGGAGUGCCCGAGGACGGCGUCCGGGACCUGCGCUACGCCAACGUCACCGCGCGGUCGGUCAACGUGACGUGGUCGCCGCCGCUGCGGCCUAACGGGCGCCCGCUCUACCGGGUGGCCCUGCUGGGCCCCUUCUUCGGCAACGGCACCAACGGCGGCAACGGCACCGCGGCGCUGUCGGUGGGCGCCGGCGCCGCCGCCGGCGGGCUGCUCCUGACGGGCCUCCGCAAGUAUUCGCGCUACGAGCUGGAGGUGCACGUCGCCACUGGGCAGGGCCACGCCGCCAACGGCAGCGGCGUGGCGCGGAUCGACAUCCUCACUGACGAGGACGCGCCGGACUCGCCGCCGGCGUCUCCGGCGGCUCGGAGCGUGGGCCCCGGGGCCCUGGCGCUGUCGUGGGCCCCGCCGGCGCUGCCCAACGGCGUCGUGGUCGCCUACGAGAUCGCGGUAGCGCCCGCCGACGCCGCCGCCGCCGCCGCCGCCGCGCCGGGCGGGCGGCGCAACCUCACCGUGGCCGGCGACGCCGCCGGCGCCACCGUGGCCGGCCUGGCGCCCUCCACCGCGUACAACGUGUCGUUGGCGGCACGCACCAGCCGCGGCUCGGGGCCCGCCGUGGUGUUCGGAGCCGUCACGCAGGAGGGAGAACCGUCCCUGCCCCCACACUCGCCGCUGCUGUGGAACGUCUCCUCGACGUCGGCCUGGGUGCGGUGGGCCCCCUCGCCGGCGCCCAACGGCGCGGUGCUGCUCUACGGCGUCACCGUCACCGAGGACACCGGCGCCGCCCGGCAGAGCCGCACCCUGAACACGACAGGAGCUGACCCCUGGGUGGAGCUCGUGGGCCUUCGGCCGUUCACCAACCACUCAGUGAGUGUGGCGGCCUUCACGGCCGCGGGCAACGGAGGGCUGAGCAGCACUCCCCUUGCCUUCACCACCGCCAUGGCCGCCCCCGGCCCCGUGCUCAACCUGAGCUGCGCCGCCUCGAGUUGGCACGAGGUGUCCGCGACGUGGUCGGCGCCGGCCCAGCCCAACGGGCCACUCUCCGGCUACCGCCUCUCGCUGGCGGCGGCGGCGUUGGCGGUGGAGCGGCUGGUGCCGCCGGCGGGGCUCUCCGCGCUGUGGGACCGCCUCCCGGCGGACACGGAGGUCCGCGUCACCGUCGCGGCCUACAACCCCGCCGGCCUGGGGAGCAACCGCAGCUGCGUGGCGCGCACGGAGGCCGAGCAAGUCCCCGGCGCCCCAUUGCCCCCGCAGCUGCUGGCGCUGGGCGCCACGUGGGCGGCGCUGAGCUGGCGCGCCCCGGCCCUGCUGCCGGGCCGGCUGGCGCGCUACUCCGUGUCGUGGGAGCUGCGCUCGGCGGCGUGCGCCGGCUGGGAGCCCGCGGCGGCCUGCGCCGAGGCGGCCGGCGGCGCCGACGCGCUGCCGGCCGCCCGCACGGAGCUGCGCGUGGACGGCCUGCGCCCGUACCGCUGGUACCGCUUCCGAGUGGCGGCCGCCACCGGCGCGGGCCUGGGUCCGGCGUCCGAGUGGAGCGCGGCGCGCACGGCCGUGGGAGCCCCCGGCAUGGCGCCAGUGAACGUGACGGCGGUGGCCGUGGCCGCCGACGCCAUCAUGGUGUCCUGGGGGGAGCCCCCCACGCUGGCGGGGCCCACCUUCUACUUGGUGCAGGUGUCGAGCGGUGAGCGGAACCGUUCGGUGGACGUGCGGAACGAGACGCGGCGCUGGGCUCGUGUCGACGGCCUGGAGCCGGCCACGCGCUACGCCGUGUGGGUGGCGGCCUACACCGACACGCCGGCCGCGGGCCUCGCCGGGCCGCCCGUCUCCGUGCUCACGCCGCAGGCAGCCCCCGUGGACGCCCCCACGCUACUGGCGCCCGAGCUGCUGGCCGACUCGGUGACGCGGCUGCGGCUGGCGUUCUCGGCGCCGGCGCGGCCCAACGACACAGCCCUGGCGUACCAGGUGUCGGUGCGAGAAGUGGGGGGCGCCGCGGGAGGGGAAUCGGGGGGGGCCUCCUCCUCCUCGUCGUCCCCCGCCGUGGUGCAGAACGUGACGGCGCUGGCGCAGAGCGACCGGCUGCAGGCGGAGGUGCUCGGCCUCAAGGGCGGGCGCAACUACAGCCUCGCGGUGCGUGCGGUGAACGGGGCGGGUCCUGGGCCCUGGUCCGGUGAGAGAGUGGUGAGCACGGGCAUCAUGGCCCCGCCGGUGCCGCUGGGGUUGCCCGUGGUGGCGCGCCGUGCCGACGGCUCCCGCGCCGUCACGGCCGACACGGUGGCGCUCGCCGCUCCGGGUUGCCUCUUCAGCGACGAGCAUGGCCCCCUCGCACACAUCCACACCAUCGUGCUGGAGGCCGGGGCCGUAGCGGACGAGCCGCUGGCUACGUGGCACGAGGCCUACUUUGGCCAGCGGCCGCGCCCGUACGUGGCCACCGCAGAGGCCGUGGCGACCGCCUGCCGGGCCCAGCGGGGGUGGGCCCAGCCGGGGAGGGCCCAGCGGGCCACUGAGCCCGUCCUCGUCGUGGGAGGCGACCAGACGUGCCGGCAGAAGGCACGCACCGACCAGGUGUGCAACGGGCCGCUCAAGCCUGGGAGAGCUUACCUGUUCAAGUUUCGAGGCAUCAACAUCCUGGGACAGUACACGGAUUCGCUUUACUCUGAGCGCAUCAGCACCCUGGGGGAAGGACUCCCCAACAGCACCGUGGGGGUCGUUAUCGGGGUGACACUCUUCGUCGCAUCCCUCAUCCUCCUCGUCCUCAUGGUCGUCUUCCUCACCAGGUUCCGGAGCAGGCAGAAGGAGGGGGGCGCGUACUCCCCACGCGACGCGGAGAUCCUGGACACGAAGCUCAAGCUGGACCAGCUGUUCAGCCUCUCGGAGCCGGAGACGCGCGACGGCGCUCCCUCCCGCCUCUCCUCGUUCCUGUUCAAGCACCGCGACCCGUUCAGCGUCCAGCUGCUUAGUUACAGGAAGUCGGUCAGGCCGGUCCCCAAGAAGGCCUUCCUGCUGCACGUGGAGUCGCUGUGCGCCAACGGGAACCUCAAGUUCAUCGACGAGUUCACGGAGCUGUCCGAGUAUGGCCAGGAGCUGUCCACGUCUGACGCCGACCUGCCCUGGAACCAGAGCAAAAACCGCUUUGCCGCCAUCAAGCCCUACAAUGACAACCGCGUGAAGCUCAGCCCAGACGUCAGCGUGCCCGGGUCGGACUACAUCAACGCCAGCUACAUCUCGGGCUACCACUGCCCCAACGAGCUGGUGGCCACGCAGGGGCCCCUGGCGGGCACCGUGGGCGACUUCUGGCGUAUGGUGUGGGAGACGGGGGCCAGCACCAUCGCCAUGCUCACCGCCUGCGUGGAGAGGGGCCGGAUCCGCUGCCACCAGUACUGGCCGGAGGAGUGCACGCCGGUCGCUGUGUUUGGCGACAUCGUCAUCACCAAGAUCACGGAGUCGGUCCACCCCGAGUGGGUCACCCGCGAGCUGCGCGUCGAGCGGCUGGGCGAGUCUCGCUGUGUGCACCACCUGGCGCUGUCCGCCUGGCCCGAGUUCGCCGGCGCCGACGCCAGCGCCGCCAUCGUCCGCUUCGUCCUCGCCGUGCGAGCCGCUCGCGGCCGAGACGCCGGGCCCCUCGUGGUGCACUGUAGUGCCGGCGUGGGCCGCACCGGCGUGUUCGUCGCCGUGGAUCACCUCGUGCAGCUGGUGGCCGACCGCGACUCCAUCGACGUGUUCGGCCUCGUCGCCGACCUGCGCCACCAGCGCACCGGCAUGGUCCAGAACGUGGCUCAAUACAUGUUCCUGCACCAGUGCGCCGUUGAUCUGCUGACCGGCGGUGGCAAGGGCAGCCGCACGCAGUGGUUCCUCAGCCACCGCGCGCUGCACAAGCUCGAUUCGCUCGACGGACUCGAAGGCGACGUGGAGCUGGAGUGGGAGGAGACGACCAUGUGAGAGCAGAGAGCCCGGAUCCACUUAGCCAAAUUCCCUCGCGCUUCCUCCGUGUUUUAUACGCAACUUCCCCCACACACACACACACAUCGUUACACACACACACUCCCACACCGUUACACACACACACACACAUCG